AAAAGUAGUCAUUGAUGCUUUUAUUAUGAAGGGCCUCGGAGGAAGUCAAACUUUGUUUACUCAGCUCUGCUGUCAGAGCUAGCUACAACUGUUGCACACCGGAUCUUGAAUGUUACCCAAAUCUAGGAGGUUUUCUGAUGUCAAAGUAGAAGAUGUUGUUCGUUCCAAAGGGUUUAGGUGAAUGCUUGGGCGAAUGGGAGGAUUUAGAAAAGGACUACCAACAAAUUCAGGACACCCACCGUUUAUAUAAACAGAAACUCGAGGAAGUGACCAAACUGCAAGACAGCUUCUCUGCUGCUAUCGCACGUCAGAAGAAGAAACUGAAAGAGCUCGGUGCAUCACUAGAAGAAUGCAAAGCAAGCCAUUCGACAUCCAAGUUAAGUCCAGAGCAAUUGGAUGCCAUUGCUGAAAUUGAAGAGUCCAUCAAAGACAGAACAGAUGCUUUUUUUGAGAUGGAAGCUUUUCUGCCAAAGAAGAACGGGCUAUACCUCAGUCUUGUUUUAGGAAAUGUCAAUGUAACACUCCUCAACAAACAGGCAAAAUUUGCCUACAAAGAUGAAUAUGAGAAAUUUAAGCUGGUCCUCACGGUCAUCCUUUUGGUGUUCUCCUUCACAUGUCGCUUUGUGUUGAGCUACAGAGCCCUGGAUGCCCUUUUCAACUUCCUGUUGGUGUGGUACUACUGUACACUCACUAUCAGGGAGAGUAUCCUCAUCAGCAACGGUUCAAGGAUCAAAGGUUGGUGGGUUUUCCAUCACUACGUGUCAACUUUCCUGUCUGGAGUCAUGCUUACUUGGCCUGAAGGAGUCCUCUACCAGAUGUUUAGGAACCAGUUCCUAACAUACUGUCUAUACCAGAUAGGCUUUGUCCAGUUUCUCCAGUACUACUACCAGAGUGGCUGUUUGUACAGACUCAGAACGCUGGGGGAAAGACACAACAUGGAUCUCACAGUUGAAGGUUUCCAGUCCUGGAUGUGGAGAGGCUUGACAUUCCUCCUUCCUUUCUUGUUCUUUGGUCAAUCCUGGCAGCUGUACAACAGCAUAACACUCUUCAAGAUGUUCCAGCUCCCAGAGUGUACAGAGUGGCAGGUUCUGAUGUGUGGCUGCUCUUACAUGGUGCUCUUCUUGGGAAACUUCUUCACUACUCUGAGAGUGGUUUACCAGAAAUACAUGAACAAUCAGGACAAGACCAAGACCUUAUAAUUAACAGGGUGGAAUCAACCAAAAUCCUGAUUUUCAUGGGACAGAAAAGUACAGAAUUGAUGUAUUAACCAUUUUUGUGCACUUCUACUUUAACCAUUAUCCUUUUGAUUUUACAUUUGUGCGAUGGUCAAAGCAACAUACUGUACGUGUAGGUCAUAGACACUAUCACAAUGACUGGUCAAAAAAGAAAGUUGUGGCACGUCUUGCAUUAAGUAACACUGGAAGGUGGUCUCAGUAGGAUUUUCUGUCAUAAUUGUGCAACUCUGAGGAAAUGUUAUUGAGUAAAGAUAUAUGAUUUGCUUCAUAUUUCUUUAGGAACAUUUGUUACUCAGUAGCUGUUAUGAACUUCAGCCUUAUAAAAGGGCCCAGUAAAGUACUCCAAAAUCUCAGUUGUAUUUGUUUUCUCUCUUCAUUCGAUAGAUCGUUCUCUUA